CUGCACAAUGCCGUCAGCAAACAGUGCGUGGACUCCUUUGGUUAAACACGGAAGUUGAGUUUACGAUUCAUAUUGGACUAGAAACAUUUCUUCAAGUUGUUAAUACUCGUACAUCCGAAUGAACAAAACAAACUGAUUUGUGAGUUUUAACUACAAGCUGGAAUUAAAUCCUGGUCUGUCUGAUUCCAGGUUCAACAUGAGAUCAAAAAGCAAGAGCCAUCUACUCCUCUCUGAUCUCCAGGCUGACGUGGAGCUGCAGAACGUCAGUAAUUGUAACCAAGAUCAGGCACCGUUACUGCCAGGUUCGUGUGCUCCUUGGCCAUGUGAUUAUGUUUUGGUUGCGAAAAAAAUCAGCGACCAGGAAUCUGAAGCUUUUAAAAAACAGGAAGCUUUUAGAACCGUACUGCAGGCGAAGAACUUUGAUGUAAAAGAGUUUGUGCAUGAAGAGAAGCGUUUUUUUGGGAUUCGAGCCCCAGAUGACAUUUUUGAGAAGUACAUAUAUCUGCUGAAAGUAUCCGAUGCCUGCAAUGGAAGUGGGGAGCAGCAGGGGGCAGUCUCUGUGUCCACCAGGAUAAGGAUUGUACAUUUUAUCCUGGAACACACUUACAUUGACACAGGAGAGAACCUGACUGAUCUCAUGGACCAGGAUGUGUUUGAGACCAAAUUCUGUCUACAUGAUAAAGAGGAGACGAAGGAAUUGAAAAAGAGGUGGGCUAAUUGGUUGGCCUUCUUCAGAUUGCAGCCCAUGAAUAUUAUCAGGAAUUACUUUGGGGAAAAGAUUGCCCUCUACUACCUAUGGCUGGGCUGGUAUACCUGGCUACUAUUUCCUGCAGCUGUCCUGGGGGUGAUCGUAUUCCUCUAUGGCUUGGCAUUUUUCAACAGCAAUCCCCUUAUUACAGAAGUGUGUCAAGCUGAUAUCAUCAUGUGCCCGCUGUGUGACGAGAAGUGCAAUGUGUGGCAGCUUUCGGAUACCUGCUCCUAUGCUAAGGUCACCCAUCUCUUUGACAAUGAGGGGACGGUGGCUUUUGCCAUGUUUAUGGCCUUGUGGGCCACCGUGUUUCUGGCGUUGUGGAAGAGGCGUCGAGCCAUCUAUGUAUCCCAGUGGAAAGUGUUUGAAUGGUGUGAGGAUGAGGAGGAGCUGAUCCUGGAGGUGGUGAAUGACCCAAACUGUUCACCCAAGAAGUACCAACAUUCAUUUCUACACAACACUCUAGUCAUGAUCCUAGUCACACUAAUGCUGAUACUGAUCAUCGGCUUGGCCCAAGCUCUAGUGGUCUUUCGGGUUGUGGCCACCGGACUGCUGUCAGAGAGUUCUUGGACACUCCUGAAGGACAAUGCAAGCAUUGUUGCUGUCAUAUUGGGUGCCGUGCUGCACUACUUCACCAUCACCAUAAUGACUCGGGUCAACGAGAAAAUGGCCUGCAAGCUAUGUGAUAUAGAGAAGACCCGCACGGUCGUUUCCACGGAGAGGAGCUUCACAGUCAAGAUGUUCACCUUCCAGUUCUUCACUCACUUCUCCUCUCUGUUCUAUGUGGCCUUCUUUUUGGGGAGGAUUAAUGGGUAUCCAGGGAGCUAUCACCGGAUCGCAGGAAAGUGGAGACUUGAAGAGUGCCACCCCAGUGGUUGCCUCACUGACCUCUUCAUUCAAAUGGCCAUUAUCAUGCUGCUCAAGCAGACUAUCAACAACAUCUUUGAACUCUGUGGGCCUUGGUUCUCCAGUUAUUGCAAGGAGAAAGAAACCAAAAAACUGACUAUCUCUUGUAUCCGGAAUCAGUCAAGUGGAAAACAAGAUAAAUCAGAGAUUUGCAAACACUGCACGCUCAAUCACUGGCUCCACAACUACAACCUCAGCAGCAUCAAUGUUUAUAGUCUCUUCAACGAGUUUCUUGAGAUGGUGAUCCAGUUCAGCUUCACCACCAUCUUCGUGGCCGCCUUCCCCCUGGCCCCCCUGCUGGCGUUACUCAACAACAUCAUCGAGAUCCGCCUGGACGCCUACAAGAUGGUCAACCUGGAGCGACGACUGGUACCCAAUAAGACCAACAACAUUGGUGUGUGGAGCAACAUCCUGCAAGCGAUUGGCAUAAUGGCCGUCAUCGCCAACGGGCUGGUCAUUGGCAUCACAUCAGACUUCAUCCCUCGCCUGGUUUACCGCUACCACUACGGACCGUGUGCUACUGGGGAAAAUACAGAUGUGCAUUGCAUGGUGGGCUACAUCAACAACAGCUUGUCGGUCGCGUACAUGAGUGACGAGCGUAUCCACCAAGACUUCCAACUCAAGCAGAUGGUCACCCCGAAUGGCCUCAACGUCACCCACUGCAGGUAUAAAGACUACAGAAAUGACCUGGACUAUGGGCUGACCUCACAGUUCUGGCUUAUUCUGGCAGUCCGGUUCGCCUUCGUCAUUCUGUUUGAGCACAUCGUACUUAUCUGCAAGGGUGUCACUGGUUGGUUUUUCCCAGACUGCCCCUUACCUGUGAAGAACCAUAGACUUGAGGACAAACUGGAGAGGCUCAAAGCAGAGUUUAGGGCGGAGAAUGAGAAAUACCUCAGGUCGACUAAUGUCUGAUGAACAAGACUGUGGGAGAAGCAGCAGCUUGUGUGAGGAACAGAUUUAUGAAUGAUGAAAGUUUUUAUAUUUUCUUCAUGUGACUCAUGACACAGGGGCUUUUGAAAGUCAGACCCCUGAUCCUGGUGACUCUGUUGACUGGCCAGGUUGUCUCCUGGUCACUGCUGUUCAGUCAGGUUCAUAUGUCCCUUCUCUUUAGUUUACUGUCCUGCAGUGCAAUGUGCCCUUUGCCUAGGUUGCAAGGCAACUGUACGGAGAAGAUGGAGGAGAGAACUUCUGCCCUGACUCCAUCAUAUGACUGCACUUGUCUCAGUUUACUCUGAUGCUCGGAGAAACUCAAACACUACAAUGCUCCUAGCGCACAAAACACUAGGAUGAAUGAUUAUUUCAUUCUAGAAUUUUAAUGGAUCAUUAAAAAAAUUCUAUAAAUAGCUUUGCUGCCAUCUCCUAGAAGGUGUAUUGUUGCCAAAACUGCUGAGUAACGAAUGAACAUCCCCCUUGGACUCUCCAGAUCCUCUAUAAGUACAUAUGUUAUAUUUUGAGACAUCUUGUAAAGUAAGAGCUGUAAUUGUAUAUCCUGGUUAUUUUCAUAUUACUGUAUUUUCAUGUGAAAAAUAAAAUCGGUGUGUCUAUAAUAAAA